CGUGCACGUAGGAAAAUGCUGCCUUGGAGAGUUGUCCAUUGAUCCGCGGUACGGCCGAUCCUGUCAGCGUGACUGCGGCGUUACGCCGGAGUAUCUCAUCGCUCCCACGAAGACUGUCCCUUUCCCUAGAAAAUGAGUUUCUUUGGUUUCGGUCAAUCCGCCGACAUAGAGAUCACAUUGGAUGGCGCUGAGACGCGGAAGACCGCGGACAUCAAGUCCGAGGAUGGCAAAAAAGAGCGGCACCUGCUCUACUACGACGGCGAGACCGUGUCCGGCAAGAUUAAUAUCAGCUUGAGGAAAGCUGGAAAAUUAGAGCAUCAUGGUGUCAAAGUAGAAUUUAUUGGACAAAUUGAGCUAUACUAUGACAGAGGUAAUCAUCACGAAUUUACAAGCCUCGUGAAAGAACUGGCGAGGCCAGGGGAACUGACACAUAAUACAGUGUACACAUUUGAGUUCCCAAAUGUCGAGAAACCAUUCGAGAGCUACACUGGUUCCAAUGUGCGACUACGAUAUUUCUUGAAAGUGACAAUUGUACGAAGAAUUAGUGACGUUAUAAAAGAACUCGAAUUAGUUGUGCACACUCUUAGUUCCUAUCCAGAUAUGAAUAAUCCCAUUAAAAUGGAGGUUGGAAUUGAAGACUGUUUGCAUAUCGAAUUUGAAUAUAAUAAAAGCAAAUAUCAUUUGAAAGAUGUAAUCGUGGGCAAAAUAUAUUUUCUUUUGGUUAGAAUAAAAAUAAAGCAUAUGGAGAUAGCAAUCAUCAAACGAGAAACCACAGGUUCUGGCCCACACACGUUUACCGAGAACGAAACUAUAGCAAAGUACGAGAUCAUGGAUGGUGCACCUGUUCGAGGGGAAUCUAUUCCUAUAAGAGUAUUUUUGGCGGGGUAUGAUCUGGCGCCUACAAUGCGCGAUAUUAAUAAAAAGUUUAGCGUUAGAUAUUAUCUAAAUUUAGUUCUCAUGGAUGAGGAAGAUCGACGAUACUUCAAGCAGCAAGAGAUUACAUUAUGGAGGAAAGGUGAGAAGAGCAGAAAGUCGCAAACGGCCUCGCCACAUAUGCCGUCACAUUUAGUAUCGGCUGAAACGGGAUUUCCGCAAGGCGCCGCGCAGAAUGGCCCACCAUCAGUGCCGCCUGAUUCCGAUCAACUGCCGACGAGUAACGUUACGAACACAGAGGAUACUCCCGCACCAAUCGAAGGCAUGACACGAGAGGAAGGAGAUGGCGAAGGUGAAAAAGAAGGCGGUCCAGAAAGUGAUUGAGUCUCCGCGUAGUUUUGUUCCUGGUGCCAGUUAUAGCCCAGAUUAGUUGAGAACGUUAAAUAUGGCUGAGAUAUGCAGCAAAAGAAUUAGAUUUUUAAAAAUCUCCUUUAUCAUGUUAGGAGAUUUGUUUUUAUUAAGAAAAACAGCGGGAUGCGUAAAAAGCCUGCUAGCAAAGUUGUAAAUAUUUUGGAUACAUUAUAUAUAAUUGAGAGCGAAUGAUUUGUAACUAGUAAAAUAUCGAUCAAAAUUAUAAUAUUAUGAGGAAAUAGAUUUAAAAAACAAGGGGGAUUCUUUAUCAUAUUUUGAAAAAAAAUAAUUUCGAUAUUGUUUAACGAGCCAUAUUGUAAAUGAGUCUAAUAUAAACGAACAGUAUAGGUAUUCCUGAAUGGACGGCUUACUAAUCAAAUAUUAACCAACGGUACAUUUUGCAAAACAUCUGGGUGUUACAGUGUUCUAAAUGUUUUAUACAGAGAAUUGUGCCCACUGACCCGCCCACUAUAUAAUUCUGAGAAUCCGAAAUCUAUGGCAGCGUCAUGUUUAUGCAAAAAGAGUUUAUAAAUACAAAAUGAAUAUAUACUCACAAAGGCUGCCCCAUAUUAAUCCGUUCACUUAGUCUACGAAUACUAUAAACGAAGACACGAGAAAGCUAAUUAUGUGUGUAUAUGAUGCAUGUUUUUGAAAAUGGUUUACAUACAAACCACACAAUGCGCCUCGAGCGAGAAAGAUCGCACUUAUUUUUAGAACGAGUUUGUACAAAAAAAAGAAAGAUGUCGAUUAUUGCACGACACGAGUUAUAGAUUACCUUUGGCUUUGAGUUUAGCGUAACCUAUACAUAGAGACGAUUACAUAAAAUAGAGUUUUAUAUGCAGAAGCGUGACAUUUUAUGUAACAUUAAUCUUUCAAAUACACACGAUACAUCUGCUCAAGUUGAUAUGCCUUUCUGAACACGAGUGUGGACUAUGAUAGAUUAAAUAAUGGGGUAGCCGCCUCGUGUAUUUAUAUAUAAAUAAAUAUAUAACUGUAGUAUACGUGUGUGAGUAUAUAUACAUAUGUAAGACUUUUCACUCUGGCAAUAAUGACUAACUGGAUUACUAACUCAAAUAAAUCGUGGUAUGAGAUAAGUGAUAUUCCGUGAAAAAAAUAUAAAAACUGUAUAAUAAAUUUUCCAUUGAUUGUCAUAGUUUUUGAGAAAAUCGAUUUCGAAUGUGAAAGUAAUGUCCAUUUAUUUCGUUGUACGAAUCGCUUCUCGAAAAUUAAGUCAAUAACGAAAAUUUAUUUUGCAUGUUUUAUUUGACUGCUUUGACGAAAAAUUAUCUCUCUUGUACCACGAUUUACUCAAAUUCUGUAUGUAUAUGUAAACAUACACGUAUUUACAUAUUGUAAUAUCACAGACAGUUGAGUGUGGACAUAUUUCCUUUCAUUGAUGCAAUCAUAAGACUGCAGUGAUGAAAGUAAUAUUGCUACAAAAGGGAAACCUAUCGUUUUGUACUGUUCUAUAUCACAGAAGUUUUAAUUGUAAAAAAAUUAUCGAGGACAUGCAUAAUAUUAGAUUAUACAUAUAUACAUACACAGAUACAUACAUGUAUACAUAUAAUUUACAUUAGAAAUUUCUUUCAUAUAAGAAGUUGAAACUUUUCCUAUUUCAUAACCUUGUUAUAUUUUAAUCUUGUAAAGAAGAAUUAAAAAGGAAUGAUUGAAGAAAGAGAAAGAAAUGUGUGUACGUAAGAGAAAGAAGAGAAAAUGGUUUAGAAUUAUUUGAAAUGUCAAAUAUGUGUAUGUGUAUAUAUAUGUAUAUAUAUAUAAUAUGUACAGGUAUAUACAUAUUAUCAUGCGAUAUGCAACUAGUUGUAUAUUUUAAUGCCCAUAUAUGAAUAUAUUGUAUACAGUGCGUACGUGCACAUACAUGUAUAUUGGAAUCAUAUUACUAAUUGGUUUAUGUAUAU